AAUCAGCACAACUGGGUCCCUACAACUUGCACCUGAUCUCCUCUACCUAGUUUUAAACUAUUUUUUAAGUCAGUGUUGCCCUUAGAUUCCACUGGUAAUAAUCUUGAUAUUUAUUUGCUCUGCAUUGGAGACAAUCAAUUUAUCAAUACUGGAAACCAAGCUUGUUGCUAUGUCAUCUUCGGACUCUCCACCUUCUUGGUUAGGAUCUCCUGCUAGUUGUAGUUCCCCAGUGCAAGUAGUAAGAGGAGGAAUAUUCCACUCGCAUUUUCUGAAGAGGAUCAGUAGUGAGGAUGCUAGCGAGUUGCAAUGCAACAGUGACCAACAUAAUUCUUGUGAUCUGUGUGAGACCAAUGAUUGCUUAGAGUGUAAUGAAUGGAUUCCUCCCAACUCUGACACAAUACAAAAAAUAAUUACUCAAGUUGAAUUUUAUCUAUCUGAUGAAAACCUCGCAGUGGAUAGUUUUCUACUUAAACACAUGAAGAGGAAUAAAACGGGCUACAUUAGUAUUAAACUUCUCACUUCAUUCAAAAAGGUGAAAUGCUUGACUAAAGACUGGAAGGCAACAGCUUAUGCACUGAAUUAUUCCAAAUUACUAGAAAUCAAUCCAGAAGGGACAAAGAUUCGCCGAAAAAUUCCAGUACCAGAUUUCCUCCUCUCAGUACCACCAAGUAAACGUAUAUUGGCAUGGAAUCUUAAUAAGUACUUUCCAGAGAAGAAUAAUGAAAUGUGGGGCCGUAUAAACAUCAUGGAAACAGCAAUGAAAAUCUUUGCUAUUUAUGGUCCAAUCAGUUCAAUUCGCAUUUUGCAACCAGGUAAGGAAAUUCCUGCUGAGCUGAAAAAGUAUAGGUUGAAGUAUCCAGAAGUUGGAACCAAAGUUUGUGUUUUGAUUGAAUAUGAAUGUUAUGAAGGUGCUAAAAAUGCUUAUGAUGAACUUGGCAAAAAACACUGUCAUGAUGGUGAAAAUCUAAAAGUUGUAAUAUUGACAGGCAAAGGUACUAAAAAAAUAAGUUGCAUUGAUACAGAUGAAUCUGAGGAUUUAAAGAAAUCAACUCCUAAAAAGCCUUUAAGAGGGCCCACAAAGAUGGAGCAGAUGCAAUAUACUCUGGAAGAGUCUGUUUAUAGUUCUUCAGAAUCUGAUGGUGCUAAUUCACCUGCUUCUAUCCAAAGAUACCUGCAGCAUAAAACAUGUGGUGUCUGUAAUUGUGUUAGUCAAAUGUCAAAUCCAAGCUCUGUUCCAUGUAGUCAGUCAUGUAUUGACCAUCAUUGUGGUCCAUGCACUCACUGCAAAAGCCUAGUUUAUCACCAUCCAUCACCCAAAACAGAUUUUUUUGGACCAGGAUCUUGGCCCAGCCCAGGUACAAGUCCUGAAUUUAACAAGACGUUUCUUGACCAUUGGUCAGAUAAUGUAAAAUGUUCUGGAAGUCCCUGGGUACAAAGGCGUAAGCUAGCUGCCAGUCAGGCUGCUCCUGUAGAAAUUAACCAAAUGUGUAAGCAGUCAGUCAGGAAGCAUCAAAGUGGUUCAAGCCUACCUCCUGGAUUAGUCAGACUUCCUUUUGGCCCAGAUGGCACUAAAGGUUUUCAUAAUAGCAUUGGAAGAGGGAAAAUAGUUCUAAGGCACUAAUUUUAUAUUUGAACUAGCCUCUUUAGACAAGCCUGAGUCACUUGAGAGCUAAGGUUUAAUGGCCUUUGUGUGACUUGCAGCAUAGUUUGCUGGAACCUGAGGUGUAGGUAUGUGAUUUUUGUUUCUCUUGCAAUGUACCUAAAACAGCUCUGAGGGUAUGCUUCUGAAAUUGAAAUAUAAAUGUGACUUUUAUGACAGUGUAGCUGUGAUAAAUUUUAGGUUUUUUUUUGAAUUGCUACCUACUUGUUAUGCUGUGCAAAACAACAUUGUACAGAAUUAAUGACCAGCUUGAUUGGUGGGUGAGGGGUGGUAUGGUAAACUGUUAUACUGUAAGAUUGAAGCAUGUACAUGUGACAUUUCCUUGAUUGCUACUCAAAUAAAUAAUUGCA